AUGGCGUUGUCUAGGCUACGGCAUCCAGUGAUCCGCCGCGCUCCGUCGCUUAUCAGGGCUCGAUUUUUGGCUUACUCAUCCUCUCGCUCACCCCUUAUUCGGUACCUUUCUAUCUUUCUCGCAAAAGUAAUUUGUGAAUUUGGAGUUAAUCUGGAAAGAACUAGCCAAUUAAACUCAACCAGUGAUGUUGCAGAUUCAUUAUUAAGACCAUCAGCUUUUCCGCCGAUCAUUGGCAUUCGCGAUGAUUCUUCCAAGACUAAGUUUCGAAUUGGUGUCCGCUACUAUUCAUCUGCAGAGCUCCCCGAGCAUACAGUGGUUCAAAUGCCUGCAUUGUCACCUACAAUGAGUCAAGGAAACAUAGCAAAGUGGAGGAAGAAGGAGGGGGAUAAGAUUGAUGUGGGGGAUGUAAUAUGUGAAAUAGAGACAGACAAAGCUACCCUGGAGUUUGAAAGCCUUGAGGAAGGGUUCCUGGCUAAGAUACUUGUGCCUGAAGGUUCAAAAGAUGUGCCUGUCGGACAGCCUAUAGCAAUUACGGUAGAGGAUGCAGAUGAUGUGGCUAAUAUUCCUGCAACAGUUACUGAGUCAGAAGUCACAGAUAAAACAUCUAGUGAACAAACUGUGGGGCAUGGUGACAGGAUGCAGGAAUCAAGCUCAGGGAAUGUUAGUACAUUCAAACUUCCUCCACACAUUGUUCUUGAAAUGCCGGCAUUAUCACCAACUAUGAACCAGGGAAAUAUUGUAAAAUGGAGGAAAAAUGAAGGUGACAAGAUCGAGGUUGGUGAUGUUAUAUGUGAAAUUGAGACAGAUAAGGCAACCCUUGAAUUUGAAAGCCUUGAAGAAGGGUUCUUGGCCAAAAUUUUGGCUCCAGAAGGAUCAAAAGAUGUAGCGGUUGGGCAGCCUAUUGCAGUUACUGUUGAGGAUCCCAACGACAUUGAAGCUGCAAAAGCAUCCACUGGUGGUAAUCUGAGUGUGAAAGAUGAAUUGCCUGUUCAACAGAAAACUGAAAAGGAUGUCGAACCUCAGAUGACAGGUUUCAGUCGAAUUAGUCCUGCAGCAAAGUUGCUAAUACUAGAACAUGGACUAGAUGCAUCAUCCAUAACAGCAUCUGGUCCCCGUGGUACUUUGCUAAAGGGGGAUGUUUUAAAUGCAAUGAAGUUCGGGAAAGGAUCAGGUAGUGUCACUGGAUCUAAAGAAAAGGUUUCUUCGUCACCUAGUCAAACUUCUGCCUCCUCGCCAGUGGGAUCAAAACCCUCCGUACAGGACACAAAUGCUUAUGAAGAUCUACCAAAUAGUCAAAUAAGAAAGAUGAGGAAUCUGCUCGAAUUGAAUGUCGUUUGUGAUGUUGUACUGGAUCCUCUUCUCUCGUUCAGAAAGAAUCUUAAAGCAAAGUAUGACGUUAAAGUCUCUGUAAAUGAUAUUGUAAUCAAAGCUGUUGCUAUCGCACUGAGGAAUGUACCUGAAGCAAAUGCUUAUUGGGAUUCCAGCAAAGGUGAAAUGGUGUUAUGCGAUUCAGUUGACAUAUCUAUUGCAGUUGCUACAGAGAAGGGCUUGAUGACUCCAAUAGUUAGAAAUGCAGACCAGAAGUCUAUAUCAUCAAUUUCCUCAGAGGUUAAAGAACUCGCUGAAAAAGCACGGGCUGGAAAACUCAAGCCUCAUGAGUUUCAAGGCGGCACUUUUAGCAUCUCAAACUUGGGGAUGUUUCCUGUAGAUCAAUUUUGUGCAAUUAUAAAUCCGCCUCAGGCUGGUAUUCUUGCUGUUGGUCGUGGCAAUCAAAUUGUUGAGCCAGUUAUUGGAGAUGAUGGGACCUUCAUGUCAGAAUUACAAUCAAAUUUCAGUGAUAUUCAGAGGCUUCUUUUGUGAUGGAUUGGUGGGAGAAGUUUUUAAAUCAUAAAUUGGUUUUUUCAGAAUGGUCAAGAAGAAUCUUCCUCUGGCCAUAGUGCUCAUUCUUCGUUUUGCAGUUUAGCUUUUGCAGAAUUUACUUGUGAUCAGUGUGUCCUAUUGUUUGGGUAAACACCCACAUAACCUAUACUUUUAGCUGAGUUGCCCCCGAGUUCUUUGUUCAACAACAAAGAUCAAUUUCAAUUUUGCCUGUUCUUUGUCUCCUAUAAAAAAUAAAAAAUAAAAUAAACAGGAGAUGUGUCUAUUGUUGCUGCCAAUAAGUUGAUCUUUGCUAUCAUCCCUGAGUUUCUUGUCUUUGUUCUGCUAGUUUUAUCUAUAACUGAAAUGCUCUCGUGUUCUUGCUAUCAUCCCCGGUAAAAGUUAUGUAUAAAAACACAACCUAUACUGCAAAUAUAUUGACUAAUAUACUGAUUGUAAACGCAACAUAAAUUGAAAUUAUUAUGAUGCUCGUCUUGCACAAGAUUAUGAUGCUCGUUGUUAAGCUUUGACCUCUUUUUAUUAUAA